CGAGCAAAAUGGGGUACAAAAAAACGAGAGAGCCAAACCCGCGCGACAGAAUGAGAAGGGAGUCAGAGUCACAGUGAGCACCACGACGACGCCGACGACGACGCCAUGGCUACGAAUAAGAGUACAGAUAAAGAAAAAGGCCCAGAAAAGGUCUCGAACAAAGGGAGAUCAUGCAAAGGAACACUUUAUUAUUCAACCGCUCUCAAAUCCAAAGCUUACAAUCCUAUCUGCCUCGGCGUUCCUCGCACCCUCCCUCAAGUGCCUGACUCAGUAGUUGUAGAAACUGAGAUGGAGGCUUCUAAAGAGGAUCGACAUCUUGCUGAUUUUCGUUAUGCUUGUGCUGGUUACUCUAUUUAUUUGGAUCGAAUUAAAGAAGAACCUUCUCAAAAGAACACAUCAGAAUUGCCCAUUUGUGUUGGCUUGGAGCUAUGAGCUAUUCACGGAGGUUGUGACUUUUGAGUUUUUGGUGCAAAUUGGAGCAGGAUCGUUCUUAGAUAGCUGGAAGUAAUAUGCUUUUGGUUGGCAAAAGAAUCUAUAAAACGUCACCAGCUGCCGCUCCUGUUUCUACCCAUGUUCAUCACAAAGAGGAUGUUCGUGAAGUCCCUCAGACUCAGAGGCACCAACCACCUACUCAAUCUGCCGGAACUGUUUUCUUGAACAAGUUUUCAAGAAAUGCAGAUCUUGUUGCUUCAGGGGUGACUAAGAACGUGUAUAAAGUAGGUAACUACAUAAAAGGAAGUCUCUCAGAUUUUUUGUUCCCAUACAGAGGGAGAUCAAAGUAAGAUGGCUUGUUGAAGAUAUUGGACGAAUGAAUAAAUAUACUGAAGAAGCGGGAUUCGGCUUCAAGUCAACCUGGUUUCUGUGCUUGUUUAUAACACCUCACUCCACAUUUUGAGCAAUAUAAUGUUAGUGCAACUGCUAGUCGUAGUCGUAGAUGGCGAUUAUUAUUUGUUCUCUCACUGUUUAUUUAGUUGUGGAGGAAUGUGACAAGAGGUUCUGUUUUUUUAUUUUUUUUGGGUCUGAACAAGAGGUUCUGUUAUGUAUGAUACAAUGAAAUCCAAAUUGUACUAUCAUGCAAGUGAAUUGAAUUUAGCUGAGGAGUUGUUGCAAGGAAGGAAUGGAGUUUAUGUCUCUUCUCUACACAUGCGUUCGUCUAUGACUGUGAGCGACACGCACGUGUGAACGACAUUAAUGUACCUGCACACGCACAUCUUGAUAUUCAUUUUUUUCUUGCCAUAUUCGAAUUCCAAUCCAUAUUUUUUUUUCAUUUUUCUUUUAUUUUGGGGUAAUGGGGGUUUCUCUGACUAAACCAGUAAGAUUAGAUGAAGAUAAUGUAUUGGUCUUGUGAGCUGGUUCAUUAGAAAAGCCAAAGUUAUAAAACUAAUUUGCAGCACCCCCAUGACCAAUGGACCUGCCUGCCUCCAGCUAAAAAGGUCUGAAUUAUCGUAGAGACGAUAAUACAACUACUUAAUUAAGAAACGUGCUUAAGAUAAUUAGCAGUUUGUGUUCAAUUAUUAGUAGUUUGCAAAAAUAAAAUAGAAAAAGGUGGUGCGCGCUGUUUUGGGCAAAAGCUAAUCAAAUAGCAGCAAGCAAGCAACCGCGAAAUCAAACCCAACUCUUUCUUCUCUUCGCGAAUCCCAAGAAGGACACAAGGACAACAAGCCUAUCCAGGUUCAUCCUCUCUUCUUGGAUUUCUCAGCUAACAAUAAAACCUUCUCUCUCUACGCUCUUAGCCCCGUUUCGUAGCUUUUCCGAUACAGAUUCUCUCAUUGUUCUUCGCGCGAUUUGUUUGACCGAUCAAAGGAAGGUUUCAGACGCCGAUUCAGAAUCGAUUGAUAUUUUUGGGGCUUGAGAUUUUCAAUUAGCAUUCGGAAAUCAGGUUCUGCGGAAAUCGAAUUCGAAUGGCCGCUGCUGCGGCGUGUAAACGGGUCGGGCAAUUAGGAACCAAUUCGGGGUUCGGAUUGUCCGGUUUCGGAGGUCCUGCUGCUUCGAAAGUUGCGGUGUCUCCGUCUUUGGAGUACAGGCAUUUGGAUUGCAGACUAACUUCUCAGCUCGUCAAAUCUAAUGGAAAGCGAUUGUUUCUCGUCGACACAUUAGCCUUGGUUAGGAGAUUAGAGGGCCAAGGGGUGCCCUCAAAGCAUGCCGAGGCGAUAACAGCUGCCAUUACUGAAGUUUUGAACGAUAGCUUGGAAAAUGUGUCUCAUUCAUUUGUUUCCAAAGGAGAGAUGCAGAAAACCGAGAUGAUCCAAGAAUCCAAUUUGUCCAAAUUCAAAUCCGAAAUUCAAAGCGCACAGGGACACCAUUUUUCUUCGUUGCAACACGAGACUGAAAAACUUAGGAAUGAUAUAGAGAAGAUGCGUAGCGAAUUGAGGUAUGAAAUCGACAAAGUUACUGCAGGGCAGCGGUUGGACUUGAAUCUUGAAAGGGGGAGGAUACGGGAAGAGCUAUCAAAUCAGAAUGCAGAAACCAAUAACCUUACUAACAAACUUGAUCGGGAAAUUCAUGCUCUAAGGGCACAGGUGGAAGCAGCAAAAUAUGAUGUCAUAAAAUACUGCAUAGGUACUCUUGUUUCCAUUUCUGCUGUUGGUCUUGCUGUGCUUCGUAUCUUGAUGUAAACGUUUUUUUAUAGCUGACGAUGACAAAACCCAAAAGGGGAAAAGGUUCAUUCUUUUCAAGCUGUUGUAUUUUUAUUUUCAAUUUUUUUGGGUUACAAGCUGUUGUAUUUUUAAGAAAUAUGAUAAAGAUGUGAAAGAUUAGGACAUUGUAAGUGGGGCCUAGCCCAAGGAAGAAUUCAAUUACGCAAACCAAAUAUUCAUCUUGUUAGAAUUCAAUUAAGUCCUCUUUGCCUC